AUUCCAAUUUCAUCAUCUGAUGGUAUUCUCUUCUACAACACUGCGAAUCAGAUGUUCGUUAUCCUCUUACUCUUCACUGAUGCAGCCAACAAGCGUUAUUUCGGUAUCUACUUAAAGUGCGAAUAAAUCUUUGAGGACAUUAACACUUAGGUUAACAAGAUGGACAAUGCUCGACAGAAGCACGGGCAGCUUAGCAUCCGUGUUGGUAGAGAACUAACAUCACAACAGAUUAGGAGUAUGAAACAGUUGAUGUCAGGCUUUGGAGAGGGAGAACUGGAGAAGAUGGCCGAUUUUUAUGAUAUAUAUGCCUCAUUGGAAAGACAAUUGAAAGUACAAUUAGGAGACUACAGCUACUUGCGAAAUCUUCUCGAUAGCAUCGGUGCUGCGAAGGUGAGCAAAGAGGUUCUGAAGAUGGAGCAGGAAAUCAGAGCAAUGAUGGGGCAGCAAGCACCAAGAUUUGUGAAACCCAAUCCGCCUCCACAUGAACCCAUGCAAGUCGAAGAAGCGAAAUUACUGAGAAGCUCCGUCCAAAUCUCCGCUGAAGCCCAAAUCUCCGCUGAUGCAAAGCCUAUUGGAAUGGUUGCUAAGCAUGAAGACUGCCCACCGGAACUAAAGUAUCCCUUGCAGUUCCGCCCUGGAGGAGUAAAUGGACUUCUGCUUAUCAUCGACGAGUUCACUCAUCAUAGGAAAGGCAGCCGGGAAGAUGUGAAACGUAUGGCCGCCCUCUUCGAAACCGUCUUUGGAUUUAAGAUCGAGUAUCAUCAAGAUAAACUGAAACAAGAAAUCAUUGAUAUUUACAGAGAGAAGACGAAUGAAUUGAGAAGUAGCCCUGUGCAGCGGUUCUUCUCUGUUCUGCUGAGUCAUGGUGAUGAUAAAGGAAUUCUGACCUGCAAGCCACCUGGCCGAAAAUUUGACCGAGAGCGGGAUGCUCGACUAAACAUUGAAAAAGAUAUUCAGCCAAUGUUUAACUCUCGUGUUUUACCUCAAAUGGCGGGACGACCAAAGGUUUUCUUCGUGCAAUCUUGCCGCGGUGUGUCGUUCCAAGAAGGCCAAGAGGUGGCUGACGAUGCAGGCGAUCAAGAUGAUGACGAUGAGACUGUAGUGUCAGAUGCCAUCAUUGAUUAUCCUCCCCAGGCGUUAGUUCCAGACGAUGCCGACAUCCUGCUGUCAUAUGCACAAACUCUUGGAUACAAAGCGUUUAGAGACAAGGUAAAGGGGUCAUGGUACAUCCAAGCCAUCUGCGACGUAUUGGAAAAAUACCACAAGAAGUACGAUUUGAUGACCAUGCUGACAAUUGUCAGUGAUAAGGUCAGCAGCUUGACGACGCUUCAAGGAGAGAAAGUCUGUCUACAAAUGCCUUGUCUACAUAGUACCUUGAGGAAGCGAAUCUACAUGACACCAUGAACAUUGUGUUGUGUACAUUAGCUGUCCCCGCUUUGGUAACCUCGUAGUGGGCUGAUAUCAUAUGCGGGCUGGUCCUUGGCUAUAGACUAUAGAGAACCGAAAGCCAUAUUGAGAAACCCAAAGGCCAUCCUGAGAAAACGAAAAGUAAUCAUAAGAAAAUUGCGGGGGGGGGGGGUCAGUGACGGUAGUCGCAUAUUGUUCCUUUUAUUGUGUAUAUAAAUUGAAACAGGGCGUGUGAGCAAAACAUCAGUAUGUUCUGUAUUAUUUUUAUUUCGACUUCAAAAUACAAACUACCACUAAUGUAUGUGAAGUGGUCGUCACCUCCAAUAAAGCUUCAUGCAGUAUAUACAA